AUGGGUGAAGCUGUGGGGGACAUUGCCGUCAUCGGGAUGGCCGUGAUGGGCCAGAAUAUCGUUCUCAACAUCAACGACCACGGCUUCCAGGUAAUCGCCGCAAAUCGAACUGUCUCCCUCGUCGACGACUUCAUCGCCAACGAGGCCAAGGGAACCAAGGUGAUCGGGGCCAAAUCGUGGCAGGAUAUGGUCAACAAGCUGAAGCGCCCGCGCCGUAUCAUGCUGCUCGUCAAAGCCGGGAACCCGGUCGACCAAACGAUUGAAGUGUUGCUGCCCCUCUUGGAGAAGGGCGACAUUAUCAUCGACGGCGGAAACAGUCAAUACAUGGAUACUCAAAGACGAACAGGCCGAUGCCACGAGAAGGGGAUCCUAUUUGUUGGUUGCGGUGUCUCGGGUGGCGAGGAAGGGGCUCGAUAUGGACCUUCUUUGAUGCCCGGCGGUGACCCAGAAGCCUGGCAGCACCUAAAGCCGAUUUUCCAGUCGAUCGCCGCCAAAAGCGAUGGAGAACCGUGCUGUGAUUGGGUUGGCGAAGCCGGCUCCGGGCAUUUCGUCAAGAUGGUGCACAACGGAAUCGAGUACGGCGACAUGCAGCUCAUCGCCGAGGCCUACGACUUGAUGCACAAGGGACUCGGGCUGAAGCACGACGAUAUUGCGGAGGUCUUCUCCGACUGGAACAAGGGUGAACUCGAUUCGUUCCUCAUCGAAAUCACGGCCAAUAUUCUAAAGUUCAAAGGAGAGGAUGGGCAGACGCUGCUUCCAAGGAUUCGCGAUGCUGCUGGUCAGAAAGGCACCGGUAAAUGGACAUGCAUCGCCGCGCUUGAUUAUGGACAACCUGUGACGCUCAUUUCCGAAGCCGUCUUUGCGCGAUGCCUCUCCGCGCUGAAGGACGAACGCGUGCAGGCGUCCAAGCAGCUCAAGAAGCAGACUUUCAAGGUCGACGAGCUGAUCCCGGACAAGCGCGACUUCCUCAAGCACAUUGGAAAGGCUCUCUACGCGUCAAAGGUCGUCUCGUACGCCCAGGGCUUCAUGCUGCUGCGCGAGGCGUCAAAGGAGCUGAAGUGGAACCUCAACUUUGGGGCCAUCGCGCUGAUGUGGAGGGGAGGAUGCAUCAUCCGGAGCCGAUUCCUUGGCGAUAUUAAGAAGGCAUUCGACAAGAACCCGAACCUGACGAAUCUGCUGCUCGAUGACUUCUUCGUGCGUGCCAUGGAAGAGGCCGAGCGUUCUUGGCGUAUUGUCGUUUCGGACGGGGUGAAGCUAGGAAUCCCGCUGCCAACAAUGUCCGCCGCGUUGGCUUUCUACGACGGAUACACGAGUGAUACCCUACCCGCCAAUCUCCUGCAAGCCCAACGCGAUUAUUUUGGAGCUCACACCUAUGAAUUCGUGGAUAAGCCCGGAACAUGGCACCACACUAACUGGACCGGACACGGCGGCCGCGUGACGAGCAACGCCUAUCAAGCC